CGUUUUUAAACGUUAUAACCUUUAUAUGUUCGUUUACGUCGCCGCGGUGUACCACUUAUAAAAAUGUAGUCAGCGCUAGUUGGCAUCAUUCAUGUUUGGUUAUGUUGCUUCCCGUAUAGAGCGGUAGUCGAACAUCGAUAUCUCGCCGAUUGCAUGCAACACGUGCUCUCUUCGAGUGCCGAGCUACUACAUUUGAUGGCCCGCACUCUUUCGUGGUGUGUACUACAACAAUAGUUAUGCGUUAGUUCAGGCUCACAUUUGGGUCACUGAUUUUGUUUUACUAUUUAAAGUUAAAGCAUGACUUAUUAAUUUAAAUUGUUUGGCUGGCUUAUUUAUACUCUACUUUUUAAAUAAAUGUACUUUCCAUGAAUGAGUUUUGUUUUUAUGAAUAACUUUACCUAACAAAAAAAAAAUUUCUCAUAAAAAUUGCACCCCUACUUUUUAAACUUUAUUUUAGUAUAAAAUGUGCGACAAUUAUGCGAUAAAACUGGGUACUAUUUAUACUGUACCAAACGUUGGUAAACUGAAAUGUAAAAUAUUUAGGUGUGUGCGGGAAUAGGUUUUUGUACUGCGGGAAAUUUUCGGGAAAAAUAAAUUAUUUCCGCGGGAAACGGGAUCGGGAAAUUAAAAAAAAAAAGCAAAUUUUUAAUUCUAAUAUGAGAAGAUGGCCAUUUUAACAUUUCUUGCAAAGUUAGGCCCUCCUCACACGGGGAUACUGAAGUUGCUUAGAUACCGCGAGACUCGGCGACCGAGCGACUCGUCAUGUAGAUAGGCAUGGCGUCACUCAGACGGCGAUACUGGAGUGGCGGAGACUGGAAGUCGUAAGCAACGUAAAUCCCGGCGACUCAGCAUGCUGGUCUCCACGCUACUCCAGUAGCCUACGCGGCGCGAUACUGUAUUGUAGCGAACAAUGGGCGAGCAGGCGUUUAAUAUCAAAUUUGUAAACGAAGUUGAGAAACACCCAGAACUCUAUAACUACAAGUUGAAAGGGUAUUCAAAAAAGGAUGUGACUGACAAAGCAUGGAAUGAUGUCGCAAAAGAAGUGCAACUCACAGUUAACGAAUGCAAAGAAAAAUGGAAAAAUCUCCGUUCAGUUUUUGUCCGUCACAUAAAGCCACCUCCAAGUGGUUCAAGUUCCAAAAAUAAGAAACCAUAUUAUCUAUCGGAGGCAAUGAAAUUUACCCUACCAUUCAUAAAAACGCUUGGUACACCAUCGGGGAAUUUGCCAGAAGUCAUCAAUGAACAAAACCUGGAACACAGUUCAUCUGACCCAACACAAAAUACGGAAGACGUUGCGGCUGAAGAGGAGGAAUAUAUCUCAGAUAACGCAAUACUAACUACAACACCACAACUUUCCCUUCCUUCACCUAUGCUGCCAAAUACUGACUUCUCGCAAGAACAUGCUCAUCAUUCCCAACAAAUGACUCAUGAUCCCUUUUCCAACCCAAAAGAUAAUUUAUCAAAGCGUAAAAAGCAAACAGUGACGGAAGUGGACAAGUCCUUUAUGGAAUACAUGAAUGCAAAGAAAAGGAAACUUGAAUCGAAUUCAAACGAUGAUAGGCAAGUAAAAAAGUCGUUUCUUCUAAGCCUUUUACCAGAAAUCGAACCUUUGACAGAUGCACAAAUGAAAUCAUUCCGACGUAGGGUUCUGCAGCUUAUUGAUGACAUCACGAAUCCAAAAGACAUGCACCAACACGUACCAGCUUACCAACAGACCCCAACUUACUCCUACAGUGUUUCCACGCAUUCAUCGUUGGCUACAGAUAAUGCUUCAAUUUGUUCGUCGCCUGGAAAUCAAACUAUUCCACAGAAAGUACAAGAUACUGAAACGCAACAGUAUUUUGAAGUCAUCCAAGAGACUUUACAAUAUGAGCAGGAACAUAAUGUGAUGUGAUGUUUUGUUGGGUGUGUAAACAUAUAACUUUGGUGUACGUGUUUUUAUCUCUAUUAUGUUGUUUAUUUUUGUGUUUACAGUCAUGAUUUGAAUGUUUGUGUAAUGGGUAUUCUUUAAAUAGUUUAUAUACAUACAUUUUUUCUUUUGCAGUACAUUAUUUGAAUGUGUAUUUCUUAGGUAUAUUUGAAUUAAACAUUGGAAUGAAUUUAUGCAUAAGAUAUGUUUAUACUUUCACCUUUCAGUUGACUGGAAUACUUGGGUAUAAAUAACUUUAGAUUAUUUAACCUGUUAACGUUAAAGUGCACAUUCUUAAGAUCCAUACAACAGCCAUUUUCCACAGAUAAAAUAAGUAAUUGCGGCCUCAAGUUAAAAUGCAUACAUUGUUUUUAUUCGCCAAGCAUCAGUAUAUACGUUAAAAUACUUGGAAAGAAAUAGAUUUGUGUUGAAGGGAAACAUUUAGAAGUGCCUUAACAAAAAUUCGUAAUAAUUUGUAUUUCUUAACUUACUUACCUCAAAGUUAUCAGCAAUCGUUCACCGGGGCUCACGCAUUCCCUCAUAGUGGUAUCCCUAUAAUACAUCGCAGGUGUAACAAUUUCCGUUAACAUUUGGUAAGUCUCCUUCGUCAUUCUGUAGAAAGCGAUGAAUUUUGAGUCUGUCUCUUGCAAUUCUUUGGCCGCGACAAAUAAUCUACAAUUAAAUGUUCCUUUCUAUAUAUGGAUGAACCCACAAUCUUUUCCUACUUCGUUUUCUAUAAUGUUGAUAAUAUUGGAUAACAAUAUCACUAUCGUCACUGCUGUUAUCACUGGACAUUACAUACAAUAUAUAGGCACUUCACGGUUCCACAAGAUACUCGGGCUGUACUCACGAUGCAUUUUUUCCUCCCAGUCUCUGAUAUUUUAGUAGCGUCGUGUGAAGAUAACGGGCGACUAGAGUCACCCAGUCACACAGUUGCCUAGUCUCCAGGCUACCAGCGAUCGUUUUGUAGGCAACUUCAGUAUCCCCGUGUGAGGAGGGCCUUAGUUGUUUUUUUGCUGCUAUUUCUUUUGUCUGCUUCACUUGCCCUUUUUUCAGCGGCAACUUCAUAUUUUUUAGCAUCCUCAAAUUCUUUUUUUAUAGAGGGAUGUUUAUUGAGAUGUCUUAAUAAUCCAGACGUGCUACCAUGCUCGCAUCUCAAAAAUUUUUCACACGGGACACACUUUGCCAGGGAUUAUUUCUGUCGGACGUUCAAAAUACUUCCAAACACUUUUAGGUUUGCAAGUAACAAGCUGAUCGGUUGCGACAUCCAUUAUUUGUAGGCUGCUGGUUUGUUUUAAUAUACAACGGCAUUGAAAAUAGGAACAGAUACUUUGCACAAGCCUUAAUAACGUAACGUCAGCCGACAAAGCCCGCCAAACUAAACAGUAAACAACUAUUUUUUUUCUCCCAAAGCAAAAUCAUAUAUGUUUAGAUACUCGUGAGCAGUGGUGUAAAACUACGUGAUUUCAUAUUUUUCAAAGUGCCAAUACAGUUCUCUACAUCGCCACUGCUAUCAAGUAAUGAGAACGGUUACGCUUCGUUAUGUAACGCAAGUCUAGUAUUUCUUAUAUCUUUGGUGAAAAGGUUGGAUUGUGCAUGUGUUUUGUUUUGUGUCUAAGGACAGUGGCGU